CCCGGCCAGAUAGGGACCUAUAGGCAUAAACAACUAACCAUCAUGCGACUGCCGGUCUUGGCAACAACCUGUCAUCCUUGACCUGGUCGUGAUAUCGUUUAUCUGCUUUGUGUAUCGCUGCGAUAUUCGUUUUCAAUCUUCAGUGGGAUUGGACGAUACUCAUCAGGAAGAAGGGCCAAGCUUAGCGUCAGAUAAGCGUGUUCCCUUGUACUCGUGACUUAAACGAGUUGAAUUCAUUUUCGCCCACACUAUGAUAACAAACGUGACUGAUAAUUCUAAAAUCAUGUCUGGAACGAGGCCUCCAGCUGGCAGAUGAUUCAUCCAUUACCUGCUCCCUCACUGCCAUGCCGGUCAAGGUCGAAGGUCACACUACUGUACUAUCCCCGGACGGAGCUAGGUGGGCAGUUGAAGCGCAAGACCUGCAGCGCUUUACGGCGCGGGGCUCGGACGGGAAUACUCACGGAAGGACCGAUUACGAACAACCUGUCAAGAAAACCUUCAGUCGGCACUUGUUGGACUUGAAACAUGGAAAUAUUGGGCCGCACCCGCACCAGAUUCCCCCGUGGCCUUCAUUGAUGGUUCUUCCCCAGUUGGCCCCCUUCCACUGUGAUGAUCCCCUCGGUUCCGUACAGGCGAAUACUGCAGAAGCGUGUCCUCAGCUUCUUAUCGAAUCUCAGGAGGCAGCGUCAAAUUGGAAUCGGCAUGAUGGAGGUGACCAGUUGUUUGGUCCCGCUGUGCAGUUUGCUCAGCAGCCAGAGAUUGUCAAGCUAGAAGAACACGUUCCGCCUGAAUUGCUUCCCGAGCUUCUCUUAGUGGGGGACCCCGAUGGGAAGACUGUCUUCUUACCGGAAUAUUCUUCUUCAUCAAAUAUGAAGGUAUACAAGCGAAUCUUUCCCCGCCUUGGAGAGAACGCUAUACACACCGAUAUUCAUGGCACAAUACACGCCACUCGGAAGCCACGGACUGCAUAUCUGGAUCUCUCCUCUGCUAAAGACCUCGGGGCAGGUGCUGGGAGCCAUUCCAAGGUUCUGCUCGGCAAACUUCGUCUACCUGAGCCUUUAGUAGCUCGAUCAUCGACUGGCCAAUUCGAGGUAGCUGUCAAGCUGGCACGGUCCGAUCACGAGUCACAUAGCAUGCUCCGAACUGAAGCUAAGCUCUAUGAUACAUCUAUCCCCCAAUAUCUUACUGGGGAUUGGAGCGGGUUUCAUUUCCUCGAGGAUGCUGUCUAUGACGGUGAUGGUAUAGUACCUGUGGCUGCUGUGGUCCCCAAGUUCUAUGGGUUCUACAUAUCGGUGCAUCGAGAUUACACGGGGCUGUUGAGUCCUAUCCUUCUCAUGGAAGAGUGCGGAAUACCUAUUAAUGUGAAACGAUUGACGCCUAAAGACAGAGAACUCAUAUACUCGUUUGCAAUCCGCAUUCAUCGAUGUGGCGUAUCUCAAGGCUCAUUCUUCGAUCGGAACGUGCUCGUACAGCCAGGGCCGUUAAGUGUCCCUCCGUCGCUGCGAUCACCUUCUACUCCCAGCUUUCGGGUCAUUGACUUUGGCAGGGGGGAGAGGCAUGUGGACUUCUCGGAGAGGGAAUGGAAGGCGAUCUGUGAAGACGAGAUGGUUGAUGUCAAGGAAGCCAUAUACGGGGAAUUAAAACGGAUCACCAAAGACGUGCGUGGUGAUGGCUCCGGAAAAAAGAUUACCUUUGCACGAAAAUACUGGUCUACGCACAAACCGAUGUAUGCUUAGCGCUUGGGCUUGUAUGCCCAACCUCGGCGAUUUAGCCAUGCGCCACGUCGGUAUCAGGGCGCAGGCCACCUUUUUUGGCGAUAGCUCCCACGAAGAGAGAGCGCUUUUGUUUCUUUUUCCGGUCUUCUCUUGUCUGCUGGUGCCUUGUGGUCCUGAGAUCGUCGACCCUCAGGCGCAAAUACUUCACUACUAAUCAUUGUCAGACCCCUCUCCUCUUGUUCUUAUGCUUGCUACCUUGAUCAGCAAGUAAUUGGU